AUGUACUCCUGCCCGCCUCGCGCCACCUCCACCCGCCGCCCGAGUCCGCCGGUGAAGCCUCCAGCCAAAGUAAUCCUUCACUCCACGGUACAGAGACAUAUUUUCUUCAAAUCCAACCAGCCGGAGUGUUCGUGUGUCUGGUGGUUGUGUUGUGUCCCUCAGCGUGGCGGCGAGGGUCGCUCGUGGCUCCAGUACCCCGCCUCCAGGCUCCAGCGUCUCCUGCGCAGCGCCUGGCCGCUCGUCACCACACACCUGGACCGUCUGCCGCCCCCCACACACACAGAGAACAACAACUGGGGAACAACCGGGCCGUUAGUGGAGAGUGAGUGGGGUAGGACCGCGGGCAGGACGGCAACGGAUGGAUUAAUAGAUACGGUGAUAGAUAGUGUCGCUGAUGUGAUGUAUGGUGAUCAGUUAGAGGCGGGAGGGGGAGAGGAGGGGGGGGCACAGGCACCAGCACGUGCAUCAGCAAGGCUGGAGACAGCACAGACACAUAGUGGGGUCGCGUGCCGGGUGGCUGUGGGCGAGCGGCGGCCGGCCGUGCGGGGCGGGGGGGGGGGGAGGUCUCCCAGCGCGGGUGCGGGGGCGGCGGCGGCGGCGCGAGGGCCGCGGGGGGCGCAGCGCCGGUCGCCAUUGGUCUGCGCGGGUCCGCCCCGCGCGUCCCAAAAAAAAACCUCGGAAAAAAGCGUGCAGCGCGCGGCAGUGGCUCACGGACGCGCUCGGUGGGCGGACGCUCGCGUGCCUGGAGACACGGCUCGCUCUCCGACCGGCGGCUGCGGCCGCGUCAUGCCCGCGCUGGCCCUGCGCGACCAGCCCCAGCCGCUCGACUGCUCCAUGCGCCUGCGCGAGCCUCCAGCCUGGCCUCCGCCGCGCGCCCGCACGCACGUGUCGGGGCGCGGUGACGUCAGCGGCUUCUUCAACACACAAAUGAUGCUCGACCUUAACGAGGAGUCUGGCGACCUCAUUAAGUCUCCAUCGCCUCCACCCAGCCACGAUGGGUCCGCGAGCGGGGAAGGCGAGGGCGAGGCUAGUGGAGACGAGGGCGUCCCGGCGGCAGCAGCGGCCCGCGCCCCCCACCGCCCGCCGUCCUCCUCCUCCCCCUGCCCCUCCUCCGCCGCCUCCUCCGCCGCCACGGCCGCCGUGCUGGUGAGUCUGCUCCGAGACCACCACUACCUCUCCCCGAGUGCCGCUGGUGCCGGCAAUGCUCUGGCCCAACUGCAACAUUUAUUGCUUACACAACAUGGUGCACACUCUCUACUUUUACAUACGCAAGUGCAGCAGGCCGUUGCGCAGGCAGCAGCACAACAGCUCCAGCAACUUCAAGCGAGAGCCAACGCUGGAGCACCAACUGUCGACACUCGUUCCCCGUCUCCGCGUGGCUCUCCGCCUGGUGCAGCAGCCUUCUUGACUCCGCUCACGCCAGGUCCGGGACGAGCACGCUCCCCCCAUGCGCAUCACGCGCACGCACAUGCGCACGCGCACUCAUUGCAUGCGCACUCGCCAGUUGCGCAUGCUCAGUCCCAGGCGGGACACUCGCCGCUGCACGCGCACGCGCACAAGCCCCGUGCGCUCGAUCCAGCCGAUGACACAGCCGACCUGGAAGAGCUCGAGCACUUCGCCAAAACAUUCAAACAACGAAGAAUCAAACUCGGUUUCACUCAGGGCGAUGUGGGGCUCGCCAUGGGAAAAUUGUACGGAAACGAUUUCUCCCAGACGACUAUAUCGCGCUUCGAAGCGUUGAACCUCAGUUUCAAGAAUAUGUGCAAACUGAAGCCACUGCUGCAGAAGUGGUUGGAGGACGCGGACUCGUCGCUGAGCGGCGGCGGAGGCGGAGCGUCCCUGGGCGCCGGCCUGGCCGAGGCUGUGGGGAGACGCCGCAAGAAGCGCACCUCCAUAGAGUCAGGAGUCAGGGUCGCGCUCGAGAAAGCUUUCCUCCACAAUCCGAAACCGACCAGCGAAGAAAUAUCGGCGUUAGCCGACAGUCUCUGUAUGGAGAAGGAAGUAGUACGCGUUUGGUUUUGCAAUCGUAGACAGAAGGAGAAGCGUAUAAAUCCACCCGCAGGCGAGGCGGGCGGAGCGUCAUCUCCGGGUGGCGGUGGGUCGUUGUUGCCUCUGUCUCACCCCCUGGCGCACGCUCUGCCUGCGCACGCGCACGCACACGGCCACGGCCACGGCCUGCAGCACGCGCACGCGCACCCCGCCGCCGCAGCACACGCCGCCCUGCAGGCUGCGGCGCUGCAGCCGCUGGCUCUCCUCGCGCGCCCCCCACGCGACUGA